ACCUGAAAGGUCAACAGAACCUGCUCGGACAACCGAGCUCGAAGAGAGAACCAGAGUUCUCGAAAUGGCAAUGGGUAAAAUCCUUGCCCGCCUAAUUCCUGACGACCCCCUGAUUCCUUUGCUGAACAGGGAUGCACAACCAGCUGCGGUUGUUGCAACUAGAAACUCCCCCGCUCUAAGCAAUAUAGUGGUGCCGACCAGGCCUAGGGGAAGUGGGAAGUUGAAUAUUGAGCCCAGCUCGUCCAAAUAUAGUGAAGAAUUGAUGAGAAAGAACGCGGACCUUGAAAGGCAACUACGGGAUGUACAGAAAUCCAUUGACGAGCUGAAAAGCCCCAGGUCGCACCAACUGACCUUGGAUUUGGAUAGUGCUCCGCUGAACCUAUCCAUCACAGCAGAACCAUAUCAAGAGGGAUUCAAAAUUCCCCACCUAGAGACAUAUGAUGGCACGAAAGACCCGGAUGAACAUCUACAUACCUAUCAAGCCAUCAUGAGGAUUCAAAACGCCAAUGAUGCCAUGAUGUGCAAAGUGUUCCCGGCAACACUGAAAUCAACGGCUAGAAGAUGGUAUCACAAACUUCCUAGACAUUCAAUAGAUUCAUUUUCCCAGCUCGCCAAGCUGUUUUCUAACAAAUUUGUGAGCCAAAGGGAGAUCAAGCGCACAGCAACUGAGCUGAUGCAGGUUAACCAGAAGGAAGGGGAGUCCUUGAGGGAUUACAUGCAGCGGUUCAACAAAGCCACAUUGGACAUUGACAAUAUCCCAGACACAAUCUGCCUCUCCGCCCUGUUGCACGGGUUGAAGCGUGGCCGGUUCCUAGACGACCUGCUCGAAAACCCACCGAAGACGUGGAAUGAGUUGAAUGACAGGUCGGCCAGCUUCAUACUGUCAGAGGACUUUCAGUCGUCCAAGCGACGAGCUGAUGAUAAGCCGAGCAGAGGACAAGAACAACAUCCGAGAAGAGAAGAGAAGAAGAAGCAGAAGGUCGGUGAGCAAUGGGGGAAACCAGCUGAGUUCCCGAAAUAUGCCAGUUACAUUCCUUUGACCUUACCUAGGUCUCAAAUCCUGGCACAAAUUCAGCACUGGGUUAGGAGACCUCCACCCCCACUGCAUGAUUCCCCGAGGGCCGACAAGAGCAAGCAUUGUGACUACCACCGUGUAUAUGGUCACAAUACAGAGGACUGCCAACACUUGAAAGACGAGUUAGAGUUUUUGGCUCGUAAUGGGAAGCUAGAAGGGUAUGUUCAAAAGCCUCACACCCAGCAACCCACUCAAACUCAUUUUGUACAGGCGUACGACCGACCUCAAGGACAGAGGUACCAGCAUGGAGGGACGCAGGAUGCAUAUUAAGAUAAUCAGUAUCCUUCUGAACAGGGCAGAGCGUACCGAGGACGUCCUUUCAACAGGAGAGGGCAGGGACCGAGAACUACCGCCCCGAAUCAAAAAGAUAGGAAGGGGGUAGGUUAUGCUGGGAUACCCCCACCUUCUGGUACAAUAAACAUGAUAUCGGGUG